AUACUUUAUUCUGAAGCCUAUGAAUGAGAGGAUUGUGUAAAGAAGUUAAUCUAAACGUCUCUACACAGUGGAAUGCAGCUGGUGACUCCAAAGGGGACUGACCCGCCUCCGGAGCAGCCACGCCCUUGGAGGUCUGUGGAGGGGCCAGGCCAGGUCUGGAACUGGUUGAGUGCAGUCAUGGAGGUGGCUCUGGAACAGUUCUUCAUCUUCGUAGGGCUGCUGGUGUGCCUGGUGUACCUGGUGAAGUGUGUGAGAUUCUCCAGAUAUAUUUUCUGGCACUUCCAGAAAGUUUUGCCAAAGUCUUUCUUGAAGUCAAUGGGACAAUGGGCAGUGAUCACUGGAGCAGGAGAUGGGAUUGGAAAAGCAUAUUCAUUUGAGCUAGCAAGACAAGGACUCAAUGUUGUGCUUAUCAGCCGGACACUUAAAAAACUACAGGCCGCUGCCGCAGAGAUUGAGCGCACUACGGGGAGUAAUGUGAAGAUUAUACAAGCAGAUUUUACCAAAGACAACAUCUAUGAGUAUAUUAGAGAAAGACUUAAAGGCUUAGAAAUUGGAAUUUUAGUCAACAAUGUCGGAAUGCUUCCAAACCUUCUCCCGAGCCACUUCCUUGAUACACCAGAUGAAAUCCAGAGUCUCAUCCACUGUAACAUCACCUCAGUAGUGAAGAUGACACAGCUAAUUCUGAAACAGAUGGAAUCAAGGCAGAAAGGCCUUAUCUUGAACAUUUCUUCUGGGGUGGCCCUCUUUCCCUGGCCUCUCUACUCCAUGUAUUCGGCCUCCAAGGCUUUUGUGUGCACAUUUUCCAAGGCACUGCAAGCCGAAUAUAGAAGGAAAGGAAUCAUUAUCCAGGUGCUGACCCCAUAUGCUGUUUCCACCCCAAUGACGAAGUAUCUACACACCAACAUGGUAACCAAGACCGCCAAUGACUUUGUUAAGGAAUCACUGAAUUACGUCACGAUUGGAGAUGAAACCUGUGGUUGCCUCACCCACGAACUCUUGCGGAGCUUCCUGAGCCUGAUCCCAUCAUGGGUUUUGUACAGCAGCACAUUCCAGAAGAAAUACAUGGACUACCUCAAGCAGAAUACCAACACCAUAUAGCCCACCCCAAGUGGGCUGACGUGCCAUCCAGCAUUGUUCUCUUCACCAUGUUCCCUGUUGGCUGCAGAACACUAAGGAGCAGAACAGCCCCUGAACUCCCCUGAAGCUGGAGAGGCUGUGUCACAAAUACGGUCCACAAAUACAAA